AUGGUUUAUUGCGGAAAGCCCUCGAGGGGCUGUCAGAUGUGCAGGACUCGCAGGAUAAAGUGUGACGAGACAAAGCCUACAUGUAACCAAUGCGCCAAAUCUCGUCGUCAAUGCCCUGGCUACAAGGACGAGUUCGACCUCGUUUUCAGGAAUGAGACAAAAGCCACAGAGAGGAGGGCUCAGAAGGCAAACCGGAAAGCACUUGCCCAGAAGGGUAAAGACAUCGAGUUGCCCACGCCUGGCUCUGACAAAAGCAUCUCGCCCAUCUUAAAGAAAGAGUUCGAUCCGACUAUGGUGGUCCUUCCUUGCUUGGACAUUCCCGUGGAACAGAUGGCCAGCUGCCACUUCGUCGCCAACUACGUCCUAAUACCCAGACAGGGCAGCACUCGUGGCUUUAUGGAAUACCUGUUGCCGCUACUCAAGGUCGAGCAAGGGAACCGGCAUCUGCAGCAUGCCUUCAACGCGUGUGCACUCGCAUCACUGGGAAACCGCCCCAACGCUCUGGCAACUGGAUUGAGUGAAAAGGCCUUGGGUCACUACACUAAGGCACUGGCCGAGACGCAUAUCGCGCUCAAGGACCCUGACCAGUCGAAGACGGACGCCACUCUAGCUUCUGUCCUCAUGCUGGGCCUCUUCGAAAAUAUGACUGCUCGCCAAAUGGGCAUGUUCGCUUGGGGUUCGCACAUUGAAGGCGCCAUCCAGUUGGUCAAGGCACGCGGUCGCAAGCAACUCCGGACCAAAACAGGUUUGCUUCUAUUCAUCGCCGUUCGGACCCAGAUGAUCAUUCAUACUCUCAGCACGGGCACAGCACCUAUUAUGGGCGUCGAGUGGUGGCUUAGUGACGCUGUUAAAGACGAGUCCGCUGCUCACUGUCAGAGACUCAACAUUAAGACGGCUGAGCUACGCGCCGAAGUCACGCGACUGAUGUCGACCGUGGCCCGAAGCCCAGAGAACAUCGACAUUAUGCUAGACAUGAUCCGCCGGGCACAAACCGUCGACCAAGAGCUUGUGAACUGGAUGAAGAACACGCCAGACUACUUUCAAUACACGACAGUGGCAUGGGAGGACAACGUUCCUAACGGAGACUACGCCAAGGCCGAAGUGUUCCCUGGUCGGGUGGACGUAUACCAGGACUUCUGGAUCGCCAGUGUAUGGAACAUGGCAAGGGUGUCCCGUCUCAUCCUCGCCUCGGUAAUCGUUCGCUGCGCCGCUUGGGUCUGCUCGCCGGUGGACUACCGCACGACGCCUGAAUAUGCAACGGCGGCGCGUACUUGUGUGGACACCAUCAGCGACAUCAUCGCAUCAGUACCAUAUCACUUGGGCUGGCACCUAAAGAGACCGGAACUCCUUGAGAGAGCUAACAUCUCGGGCUUCGCCUGUGGAGUAGAAGAAUCACAGAAAGGUCUGCCGGGAUACUUCCUAACCUGGCCUUUGGCAUGUUUGCAUGGCCAGGACUACACCACAGAUGCUCAACGAGCCUGGGUGGUCGGACGCUUGAAGUUCAUCGGGGAUGAACUGGGCGUCAAGUAUGCCCAUAUCCUGUCACAGAUGCAAGUCCGCAUUCCCUCAAUGCUCAUCAGGAGGGACGGCCUGAUGGCCACACCUUACCCGCAAGCGCACAAUUUUGAGAAGCUAUUGUCUGCGAGGCUUGCGCCACCAUCGGCAGGCUACUCGAUGAACCCUUUGCAACAGCGCGAGGCUAUGCAGAAAGAAUUCGUAGAGAAACACAAGGCUGAACUGCUCGCCAAGGCCACCGGGACUGCUGGGCAGGCGGGACAAUGGGUGGUACAAAAUUGGCUAACGGUGCGGCCUGGGGGCCAGUGA